AUGAGAAACUGGAAGACAAGCUUGACGCUUGUGAUCGUGCUGUCGGAGCUUAUCGGAAAAUGUACAAGUGAUGGAAUCAUGGAGAUGCUGUCGCCGUUCAUGGACUUAGAAGAACUCGUAGAAGAAGCAACGAAAGACAUGGCAGACGAUAGCGUUAGUGCUGAGCCGGUUGAUACUGCAUAUCCCUUGGCUCGGGUGGAAAUGGAUGCUCUGUUGCAGCUGUACCGAGAUUGCCGAUCGAAUCAAUCGACAGGGCUGCGCACCUGGUGUAUUGGCGACGAAGAGGACUCGUAUCUGGAUGAUGGACACCAUAGAAAUCACAAGUCGUGCCCACAUGGGCUGCUGACGCAUCCAUGUACUGGUCGAGUGCUUCUUUCCAACAAAAGUGUGAACGAUGAAGACGUCGUUUUCUUGUGGCCAUGGGAAGGAAUACGAUGUGAUCCCCACACCGAUCCAACUACAGUGACACACAUCAAGUGUAGCUAUCUUCCGGGCGAGGGACUAACCUGUGAGCUGGCCAAGCUUGAUCUUAGCGUCAUGGUAUCACUCGAGCAACUGGAUCUAUCAGGAAAUCGGCUAUAUGGAGGACUUCCGCCGUGGCUGGGCGAUAUGACCAUACUACGGCUCUUGAACCUCGCAGCUAAUGAGCUGACAGGCGACAUCCCUUCGUCCUUUGCUGAUAACGAUGCCCUCGAGCUAAUCAACUUUUCCGGCAACAGUCUCCAGGCAUCCACACUCCGUUUCUUCGAUGCCUUUCAUCGUCUCCAGCACUUGGACCUGUCGUCGAACGAAUUUGCGAUAGAGCUGCCCGGAACUAUGUUUGCCAGCAGAUUUCUGCAAACGAUAAACAUCAGUCACAAUGGGUUCCACGGAAAGCUGUCCCAGCUACCUGUGUUUGAGUUCCUCCAGCGUUUCGACGUCUCUUCGAACCUGUUUUCGGGCACGAUUCCAUCGCAACUUUCGUCGUGGGGUCGCGAAGAUCCACAUAAUCCGGAUGAAAACUCGUCCUUGAUCGUAAUUGAUGUAUCACACAACUUCUUUACGGGGGACCUUCCAGUGCUGUUCAACCAGUCGAAGCUGCAACGAUUAGACGUUCACGAUAACUUCUUUAACGGUUUGCUGUCUGACCUUCCUCCAUCGCUCUCUGACUUCGCCAAGCCCUCGAUGUUUGAUGGGAAUGACUUUCGAUGUCCACUACCCGCCGCGCUGCUCCCGAGCAAUCUCAGCUGCGUUUGCGGCAAUGGACGUGCCGUCAAGUCGAAAUGUACUGCGGGGUCAUCGAAUCACGAGAGAGACGCUACCGCACGAAUGCCUGCGAGUCAAGCCGUCGAACUGUGCGUACCAUGUCCUGAAGGCUCGUACUCCAAUGAGACGACAGACCAGAAGUGCUUUCCGUGUCCAGCAGGAACUGUGCCCAGUAAAAGGGCUGACCGUUGCGAGCCUUGUUCCCCUGGUACUUUUUCCAACGAGAGCGGUGUGCAUCGUUGCCCGCCGUGCUCUCAGGGGACGUUUACAGCUGGCAUUGGCGCGACACUGUGUCCUUCAUGCAACCCUGGACAGUUUGCAGCGGAACAAGGCUCCGUAAAGUGUGCUGAAUGUCCUGCUGGAACCUAUUCCGGAUCGAGCGGAGCGUCAGCAUGCACUCCAUGUCCCGCAGGAACUUAUGUGAGCGCUGACGGAGAAGCACAGUGUUUGCUGUGCCCGAAAGGUACCUAUCAAGACGGAGUUGGAUCGGCCGGAUGCAAUGCGUGUCCGCUAGGGCACGUCGCGCCUCAACCGGGUCAUGUCAAGUGCUCGCCAUGCCUUCCAGGCAGUUUCUACGACGUCAGCCUCAAGACGUGCACACUUUGCCGUCCACGCUCGUUUGCGAAAGCAGAAGCGCAAACUGAAUGCAGCAAUUGUGGAAACGGAACUGUCGCCGAGGGUGUCGGUAGUGGUGGAUGUCUUGCCGUCGCAGCUUCUGGAUGGGGAUACAGCGGUACGAAUAUGCCACGGAAGUGCGGUCUAGGAACAUACAACGACGGGUCUUGGAGAUCUUGUCAGCUCUGUUCGCUAGGGACGUUUGCAAGUGAUGAAGGCUCUACGACGUGCUCACAAUGUGCCAAAGGCAGCUUUGCGUCUAGCAAGGGAUCAACGGAGUGUGUCACGGCUCCUGCUGGUUCAUUCGUCCGGCAUGAGGGUGCAACUCGAGCGGAAAGGUGUCCGCCGAGCUACUACUCGGACCAAAAGGGCUCGACGACGUGCAAACCAUGCAAAGUGCCAUCCUGUAGCUUCCUGCCUGGUGGAGACAAGUGCAUUCUAGCCGAGCCAGGAGAAGUGUACGAUCACGUGGAAUGGCCGCGCUUAGCUGUGGAUCUGGCAGGUGUGAGGCUACACGAUCUCCUCACUCAAGAUGAUCACGUGUCGCCGAUUGAUGCACUGGUUCAGAUCUGGACCGAUACGCUGGCAAGCUACUCGGGUACAAGUCGUCCGCUGCAUGUAUUGCAGGUUCACGAGCCUCUUGGGGCAGCUCAGUUGACGCAGAUCGUUGCUGCAAUGGAGAUGGGAACCCCAUUGUCACCCGAGACCCAAACUGAUACCAACAGUCGAUCGAAGGGCCUCACUGACGCGAUAGAGGAAGCAGCAGAAGCCGCUGAAAGUGCGUUGAAUGAGUUAGUAGACGAGCUUAAGGGUUCAGCUGCGGGCGACGGACAUCCAGCGAGCAGUAUGGAUCAGCUCGCAGCUUUGGUGAAGUCAAAGUCGUUCCGAGGUGGCUUGGUACGUCAGUUCAACCGCCAGCACUUGCUGAAUGGAGCGUGGCAGUACCAUUUGGUCAACGUGUCCAUGUUGGCGCCUCCAUUCGUUUCAACUCGCGCCGUGGCGUGUCCGACAGGAACACACUUUACUGUCAUUGACGAGUCGGAAAGAUCGUGUCAGCCGUGCCCCGUGGGUUCGUUCUCGUCGAGCAGUGGUGCGUUGGAGUGCAAACUGUGUCCUCGAGGAACAUUUGCCGCAACGACAGGACAAGACGGAUGCAACGCGUGUCCAUUAGGCUCUGACGCAGCACCAGGCGCUGCGUCGUGUGUGGAGUGCUCGUGGUUCACAUAUGAAUGCCAGGGGUUCUGGCAAAAUGUACUUGUCGCAAGUGGCCUUGCAAUGUGUCUGCUCCGAAGCGCGUACCAGAAGCUCCAUCGACUGUUGGUAGGGGACAAAGCCCAGCAGCUUCAAGACGACAGUGUGGCUCUCCUGGCAACUGUGCGAGCUCACGGUCGCACUUUCGCUGGUGCGCGGUAUGGCCCUAUGGGCAAAGUCUCGGUGGAUACGAUGUUUGGUCUCGUGCCUCGUGUCCAACGGGACGCAGAGCCUCGCGGGGAAGAAGACCAGACGGCGUGA